CUUCGAGCGAAAAGUGAUGAACAGCAUUAAUCAUUUGAACUUUCACUUUAAAAGUAUUCUCCAUUUUGAUAAGUUUAGUUUCCAGUUGUGUAAGAUGAGUGGUAGAUUAAAUCGGUUUUAAUUGUUAAGACUAGUUUAAAAGUAUAAGAAAUAUAUUAAAUCGCCAAUCGGAAAUAUAAUUCUGUAAUUCCCCGAAUUAUAACUCUAUAAAAGCCCAUUGUAUGUAAAAAUAUUGCGCAGUCUACUAAUAUCAGUUCGCCAUAUUGGGUGUGAAAAGAGUCAGAUAAAUGUUAACGUAUCGUAGAAUAUAUAUUAUAAUUUAAAUUGUAACGCAUUUAUAGUAUAAUAAUUUAUAGUUUUGAUAUUUGUAAUUAAUAAUGGGCAAAAAAAAAGGAAAGAAGCGAAGCUCAAAUCUUCCAUCUGCUGAUCCAUCUAGCCUUUCCCAACAGGACCAGGGAACAACACAACAAGAACAAUCGUAUCAGCAGUCGUCAGCACAUCAUAGUGGACAUGAGAAAGAUCAAGGAUCAAGACCAGAGCAGUCGAGUCAGCAAUUACAACGAUCUCGGCAACAUGUUGAAGGUCAACAUAUGGUGCCAUCUUCAUCACAAGUAUCACAAGCAACAUCAACUUUAUCAGCACCACAACAAUCACAAUCAUCACAUAAAUCAAAACAAUCAUCAAAAUCGUCAUCACAAAAAUUACCAUCGUCACAAAGAUCACAACCACCAUUAAAACAAUUAGAACAACCAUCGCAAAAAUUGCAACCGUCGACACAACAAUCACAACCGUUGCCACAAAAAUCACAACCGUUGCCACAACAAUUACAACCAUCCCAACAAUCACAACCGUUGCCACAACAAUUACAACCAUCCCAACAAUCACAACCGUUGCCACAAAAAUCACAAUCAUGGGCCCAAAAAUUGCAAUCGUUGCCACAAAAAUCACAACCAUCCCCACAACAAUCACAACCGUUACCACAACAAUCACAAUCAUGGGCACAAAAAUCGCAACCGUUGCCACAACAAUCACAACCGUUACCACAACAAUUACAACCAUCCAAAAAAUCACAACCGUUGCCACAAAAAUCACAAUCAUGGGCACAAAAAUCGCAACCGUUGCCACAACAAUCACAACCGUUGCCACAACAAUUACAACCAUCCCAACAAUCACAACCGUUGCCACAGAAAUCACAAUCAUGGGCACAAAAAUCGCAACCGUUGCCACAACAAUCACAACCGUUGCCACAACAAUUACAACCAUCCCAACAAUCACAACCGUUGCCACAAAAAUCACUAUCAUGGGCACAAAAAUCGCAACCGUUGCCACAACAAUUACAACCAUCCCAACAAUCACAACCGUUGCCACAAAAAUCACAAUCAUGGGCACAAAAAUCGCAACCGUUGCCACAACAAUCACAACCGUUGCCACAAAAAUCACAACCGUUGCCACAACAAUCACAAUCACGGGCACAAAAAUCACAACCAUCCCCACAACAAUCACAAUCACAAUCACAAGCACCAGUACCAUAUACUGCAAUACAAGAAAAGUUAACAAAGUCUGUAGCUGGUCAGUUGGCUCUUAGUAUACCUGUAAGAAGAAAUCCUAACGUAUGUGGAACACUUGGUCGACGUAUAAUGGUCGAAGUCAAUGUGAUGGGAUUGGAAUUAAAAAAUAUAAAAACGAAUGUUACUCAAUAUGAUGUAACUAUUACUCCUGAUAAGCCCAAAUUUUUAAGAAGAACUGUUUUUGAAGCAUUUAGAAAGAAAAAAUUUCCAACUCGUAACCCAGCGUAUGAUGGGAAUAAGAUUGCUUAUAGCGCGAAUGAUUUGCCAUUUCCUACAUAUAUAAAUGAUAUAGUUACGAUUCUUGAUAAUAAUCAAGAAAGAGAAUUUCAAGUUGAAAUGAAAAAAACUACUUCUAUAGAUUUUUCAUUUCUAAAGGAUAUAAGACCUGGUUUUAAUGAAACAUUAGCAGUUCAGUCUGGAAUGCAAGCUCUUGAAGUCAUCUUGCGUCAUGGACCUUUGUCAUAUUAUAUUCCGGUUGGUAGAUCAAUAUUUUGGCCACCAAUAAAUAAGCCAGAAAAUUUGACAAAUGGUAUGGAAUUGUGGGUAGGUUCAUUCCAAUCUGCUGUAUUAGGAUGGAAACCUUUAUUUAAUAUAGAUGUUGCACAUAAGGGUUUUCCUAAAUCUCAAAAUGUUAUUGAACUACUGAGAGAAAUGUGUUUACGUGGAGAGAACAGAGAUAUUACUCCAGACGAUGUAUAUCAGUAUGUAGAUAAAAUAAAAAAACAUUUAGUUGGAUUAAAAGUUCAUUAUGUGAUACCAAAUAUACCAUCAUCCAAGCGAACACAAAUAGUGCGUGGUUUUGUUGACUGUCCAAGGAAAAAUGUAUUUUCACGUGCCGAUGGAACAUCGUGUACUAUUGAGAAGUAUUUUAAAAAUGAAAAAAAUUAUGUAAUACGUUAUCCUUAUUUGCCUUGUUUAUGGAUAGGACCAGAAAAUAAGAAAAUAUAUGUACCUCCAGAACUUUGUACAAUAGUAGCUGGACAAACAAUUCGAAAAAAGAUGGAUGAAAUACAAACUUCUAAAAUGAUACGAUUCGCAGCUACAUCUACUGACAAACGUAAAGAAAAGAUAAUGGAAGGUUUUAGAGCUUUGAGAAUAAAUGAUCAUCCAACUAUGAGAAAUGAAUUCAAUUUCUCUAUAAAACCAGAAUUUGAAAGAGUACCUGCUAGAGUAUUAGAUGCUCCUAAAUUGAAUUAUAAUAAUAAUAAUAUUGUGUCUGUAACGAAGGGUGUUUGGAGGCCAAAAAAAUUUCUAAAUCCAAGUACUUUAUUUGAUAAUCAAUGGACUAUUGUAAAUUUAGUUGAUAAAAUAAUAAGAGACAGAGAACUAUACAACUUAUGCAAUAUGUUGCAAGAGGGUGCAAAAGCGGUUGGUAUGGUUAUGGGCAAUGCUUUAAAACCGUUUCAGUCUUGCUAUAAUAACGUGACUAAAUUGUUACAUUGUUUUGGAAAAUUAAAAGAUAAUGGAGUAAAGCUUAUUAUAGUUAUUAUUCCAGAAUUUAAUGACUCAUAUAGUACAGUGAAGCAGGUCACUGAAUUACGAUUAGGUGUACUUACACAGUGUAUUAAAUCUAUAACUGUUCAAAGAAAAUUAAAUCCAGCAACGAUAGGAAAUAUCCUUUUGAAAAUAAAUUCUAAACUUAAUGGCGUAAAUCAUGAAAUUUCUGGUCAAGUUAGACCUAGUAUUUUAACACCAGAUUGUAUUUUGAUUGGCGCUGAUGUAACGCAUCCUUCACCAGAUUCUAAAGAUAUACCUUCUAUAGCUGCAGUUGCUGCAAGUUGUGACAGAACUGCAUUUAGAUAUAAAAUCGAAAUUAGACUUCAACAACCGAGACAAGAAAUUAUUAAUGAUUUUGCGGAGAUUGUUAGCAAAUUAUUGAAGUAUUAUCAUAAAACCAUGGGAAUCUACCCAAAGAAAAUUAUUGUUUAUCGCGAUGGUGUAAGUGAAGGACAGUUAACUCAGGUGUUACACUUUGAAUUAUUAGCCCUUCGAAAAGGAUUUGACUCAGUUUCUACGGACUAUAAUCCUUUAAUCACUUUUCUUGUAGUGCAAAAAAGACAUCAUAUACGAUUUUUCCCUACAGAUACUAGAAAUUCAGAUGAUAAAAAUUUUAAUGUACAAGCUGGUACCAUAGUAGACACACACAUAACACAUCCUAGUCAUAUUGAUUUUUACCUUGUAUCACAUGCAAGCAUUCAGGGUACUGCGCGACCUACCAAGUAUAAAUGCGUAUUUAAUGAAUUAAAUAUGACAGAGGAUCAAAUCGAAGAACUUACAUAUUAUUUGUGUCAUAUGUUUGCACGAUGUACAAGAUCCAUUAGUUAUCCAGCACCAACAUAUUAUGCCCAUUUAGCAGCAUUUCGAGCUAGAGCAUUUAUACAAAAUGUUCCAAUUAAAUUACAAGAGUUAUCAAAAGAACAAGAAAAAGUAAGGGUUGUAUUAAAUGAAGAUGUUCCGAUGUUUUACGUUUAAAGAUUACAUCGAUAUAUACGUAUAUGUAGAGAGAGAGAGAAAGAGGAGAAAGGAGAAAGGAGAGAAAGAGAAAAAGAAAGAAAGAAAAAAAAAAGAAAAGUUUAAUUAAUACCUCUUAUAAUAGAUUUUUAUGUCACAGAACUUUUAUUCCUGAUACUUUAUUCUUUAAUCCUGUAUUGAAAAAUUAAUUAAGACUAGAAUAUAUUACAAAAUAAUAAGGGAAAACGAUAAGGGAAUCGAUCGUAGUAUUUUAAUAUUGAUUUGGAAUUAUACGUAUACAUAUAUAUAUAUAUAUAUAUAUAAGAAAACUUAAUGUAUCUUGUUAAUUGUAAUGUAUUGCUAUAAAUUAAAUUAAUCUGACUUAAUAAAAAUUAAAUGUACUAUCUAUAUUAUUGAAAAAUUCAAUUUUAUUUCAAUGUUGGUAAUGCAUAUAACAUCUUAUUUUCUAUGGUCGUACAAACGACAAUAUUUACAUUUCAAAUUUCGCGGCAUUAGGGCAGAUACAUUUCGUAUUAUUGCAGAUUUUGGCCGAGUCCUUUAUCUACCGGUAGACCACAUCGAUGUUAGAAAUUUUGUUGACAACGUAUACAUUAAAGUUAACAAGUUAUUUGCUCAUAUAUCGCGAUAUAUAUUUAAUAAACGUUUUAUAUUAUUACAACAUACUUUGUUAUGGAAUAUUUGUGAAAUUUAGUUAUUCCAAUGGUAAAUUGUUUUAUGCAUGUAAUAAGGAAUCAUAGAUACGUAACCUCUAUAAAAUUAAAAAUACAGUAUCAAUAAACGAAAUUUUGGAAUUGAUAACGCGUACAGUGAUUUAUUAAUAACGUUUAAAGGGUAAAAAUAAUAUAUUUUAUUUAAAUACAGUUAUAAAAUAAUACAUUUUAUUUAUAAUUUAAUAUUGAGAUUAACGAUUUUAAUCGACAUUUUCUUAACUCUUAAUCAAUUAAUUACAUUCUUUAUAAUUAUAAAAUAAAAAUUAAUUUAUAUAUAUCGAUUACGAUUAAAAAAUUAUGUAUGUGAAAAUUAGUAAAUUUCUUUUCAAAUGAAGUUUCUGCUCUUAUUUUAUAAUAUAUAUUACGCAAUAAGAAAAUAUUGUGUGUGUGUGUGUGUGUAUGUGUGUAUGGGAUCUGGAUUCUAGGGGAGAUCAUUACUUCAUUCAUGGAACUCGUUGAUUCAAUGGUAUUUCAAGGACGAGUAGGGUGACCUGUUAGUCCCUUCCUAUGGGAAAAGAUCUAAACUUGGUCAUGCAUUCCUUGUUAUUUUUACAGGGGAAUAGUAACAUGAUACAGAUAGAUUUUUUUUUUUUAUAUGAGGAAUUCUUUGUUAGUAUUCCUUUUAAGUUGGACGCAAUCGUCAUCCUCCAUUUAAGGAUAAGAUUUUAUAAAAAUUAUUUCCAAACGAAUUAUAAUAUUUCGAAAAUUAAAUGAACCGAGAGAAAAUGGGGGAAAAAAUAAAAUCACAUAAUUUCUAGGGGAAAAGAAAUAUGGAGGAGAAGAUAUGUAUUUUUUUCAUUUUCUUUUCAUUUAUCUAUGUAUAAUUGAACGUAUUUUAUUGUUUAUAACGAUCAAGGUUCAGUAGUAUACUGAUAUACGCUUCCAUUGUUUUGUAUUCUCAUGUAAUAAGACAUAUGUAUAUCUGCGUAUAUGUCUUCUUCAGAAUUGCAUAAAUCUCUACUGCGACGCAGAUUAUCGAUAUUAACCUUCUUUCAACCCCCUUUCCUCCCUUCUCUUCCAUUAGCGAAUUUAAAAUGCACUUAAUUAUCAAGACCUUAUUUCUUCGAUCUGUUUCACCUGCCAUAGAUCCUCGAUCCCUAUAUCUAUAGUUUUCUAUGGUUAUUCAAAGGGUCUUCACGUGACCGUUGCUUUCUAUUGAUUCCUCUCGAGGAGAGGGUGCAUGCGCCCUCGUCGAUCGUCACUUUCAUCCCUUCUCUCUCUCUCUCUCUUUCUCUCUCUCUCUCUCUCUUUCCUCAUUCGCAUAUUACACCACACACACACACCUAUGUAACCUCUCCCCUUUCCCCAAACAAAGAGGGUUGGAGCAGGCAAAGGCGCUGACUUCGGUCAGCAGAACGUGCUGGAUGUCCAGUAGAAAUCCUCCUAGUGGUGGGAGCUCUAAAAGAGAGUAGGGGUGGGAGAAUGGAGGGGAAAACGAUGGUUCGUCGCGGAGAAAUCCGACAGUGUCACUUCCGUGGCGGUUCGGAACGAUACAUAAAUUUUUUCUCUCAACUCUCGUCGUAGUUAAGCUCGUCAUGGUUGUCGUCGCUUUAUUCAGCAAAAAACAGAGAAAAAGAAUGUAUAUCUUUUUCUACGCAUUGUCCUAAUCCCAAUAAGCAUGGGUUGACGCAUGUAAACUCUAUCCGAGGCUAACGAUCGAACCUUUUCCGAAAAUAACAUUGAAUGCAACGCGGAGGAUCUAUUUUGAGAUGUUAUACGUAGGAAGCGCAUCGCUGUUAUCCUCGUAUAGUCACCAAAUUUAACACUUAAAGAGAAAGAGAGAGAGAGACGCGUAAAUACGCAUACAAACAGAGGAAUGUGCGCAUAUUCGAGAACUCUAUUUAUGACUACAAUGAAGCGAUAACGAAUAAAUGAGAUUUAUGUAACUCAAGAAUACUUCUUUCGAACGAAACAAUAUUAUGUCGCAGACAGUGCACGUUGACAGAGUUUAAAGAGGGUGGAAGCGUAGUAAAGGUUCAAGAAAGAGGCUGGACCAUGUCAGGGCGAGGGGCGGAGUGGUGACCUAAAACUCAUCCUCUGCGCCGCCGACCCUCGAUGCUUACGCUACGGCUGGUGUCGACUCAUUUCUUGAAGCAGCCAUAGGCAGUGCCCUUCGCCUAAGAGAAAGGGCUCUAAAUGCGAUGUGCCGUGAUAGGGACAUGAACUCAGAGCUAAUCGAGUCAUACGAACUCUUGUUACCGUCUUGCUUAUCUUCGUUGAUGUCGAAAUAAAAAGAAAAAUUGAAAAAAAAAACAAAAAAAAGAAAAAAAAAUACAAAAAAAGAAAAUUUUUAAAA